AUGCCAAUACUCAAACGCGACCGUGAAGCCAUGGACGACGACGGUGCAAGGAAAAAGAUGAAGACAUCUCCUGCCGACGAACCACACAUACCCCACCCAGUCAUGGAUCUGACCGCCGACGAGCCACAAACUUUACCUGGGGCCGACAUUCCUCCAUCACAAGAGCUUCAAAGUUUGAAGACACUACGAGGCGACUUUGACGACAUCCGACAACUCAUCACCUGCAAAAUCUGCGAACGUCUUCUCUACGAACCCUACGUUAUUUCAUGCGGCCACACGUAUUGCUACAGCUGUCUCUGCACAUGGCUUGCCACAAACAAAAAAAAGACAUGUCCCAAUUGCCGCGAAGUCAUCAAACAGCCGCCAGCUCCAUCCUACGUCAUUCGAGAAAUGAUAAACAUCUUCUUGCGCAGCCACAAUCUCCUGCCUGAUGGCGAGUCCCUCGAACAACAUCAGCAAUGGGCUUUCGAAGAGGCUGAGAUGGUGCGCAACGACAGGGACAACAAAGAUACGAAAUCUGGCGGCCUGUUCAAGGGCAUCUUCCGCCCUCGUCGUGCCAGAUUGCUACCUAUUCAUGACCCCACCGACCAUGUCGAUAGAUGUCCACGAUGCCACCACGAGAUUGAAGAUGGGAUGUGCAACAAUUGUGGUGUCCAUAUGGAUUCCUGGAGCACGACUGACAGCGAGAGCAGCUCUGAUAUGCAUGGCGAGAGCAUACCAGAUGAGUUUGAAGACGACGAUAUGGACGCUGACGCCGACCACGGAGAAUUCGACAUUGACUUUACCCCUGAAGACUAUGAAGCAUGGAUGAGAGAGCAAGACAUAAUGAAUCAAGACUGGUCCGACGACUCACAGGAAGAUCCCGAAGCCGCUGCUGUACGUAGCGAGUUGGUGCGUCAGAUGGUCAAUCGACAGCGGUACCGUCAGAGGUUCCAUAGAUAUCAUCCUGAUGUUGUGCAAAACGAAGCCGAAGAUGACUUGAUGAGUUACGGCCUGGACGAAGAAGAUGAGGACGAGGAUGACGACGAGGACGCAGGCUCAAUCGACGAUUUCCUGGACGAUAGAGAUGUUAACGAAAUCACCACCCACACCAUUAGUUCGCAAACAGCCGAAGAUCCUACACCAGUCCGGCAAAGGAACCGCCAUCACCAUCGUCAUCACCAUCACAACGAAGCAAAUCACAGUAACUCUGAUGGUUCCAAUUCAGACUCAGAUUCAGAGUCCGACUCUGAUUCAGAUGGCGUGCGCCACAACCCGCAGUUCCACCGCCCUAGGGUACCUGUCUUCACAAUUCAAUCAGACGACGAAGAAGAAUUCACAGUUCCCGUCCCUCCUCGCCGACGACGCCCUCAAGUCCUCGACCGCAUCGAGAUCGACAUAAGCGACGAAGAGCCAGUAGUAGCACCCUCUCGUCGUCGCCGCCCCGCCCGCGUGGUCGAGAGUGAAGAGGAGAGUUCAGGAUCUUCCAGUGAAAGCGAAAGCGAAAGCGACGACCAGGCUCCCAGAGCCUUUGCACGCUUCCCUCGUCCUCGCCCAAAUCCACCAACACUCACUCACAGACAACCACGUGCCAUCCGUGUCAUUGACAGCGAUGAAGAUGAAGUCAGCAAUACUUCAGCUGACGACGUGCAAGAAGAACCUGCUAGUGUAGAUGAAGCAGACAAUUACAGCGUCAACACUGAUGAGGUACAAGAAGGAGCAGGCUUUUCGCCUUUGCAACAGAGUGGAAGUGAAGAUGACAAUGAGAAUGACGAUGGAGGCAAUCAAUUCGCCACGUCUUAUUUCAACGUCUACGGCGAUGAAGAUGCAGAGGAGGAUGAAGAUGACGAAGAGGAAGAGGAAGAUGAGUAUUGA